AUGCAGCAGUACCUCUUCUGUGCUGCAAGAUGUCCUCAGUCUUCCGGGUUGAGUGACACCCAGAGAUUGGAUGAUACCGGAGAAGAACAAAAAGAACCCAGCGCAUCACUUGACCAGACAGAAGACACUGGAAAGUGGAAGUCAUUGUUUGGACUGUUCCCUUAUAAUCCAAAUAUGAUUGGACUAGAAUCCCUUGCCGACCCCUCGGACACCUGGGAAAUUAUUGACACUAUUGGAAAAGGUACAUAUGGAAAGGUUUACAAAGUCAGUAACAAGAAAGAUGACAGUCUGGCCGCUGUAAAGAUCUUGGAUCCGAUCAGUGAUAUUGAUGAGGAGAUUGAGGCAGAGUAUAACAUACUGCAGUCACUUCCCAACCAUCCAAAUGUGGUCAUGUUUUAUGGAAUGUAUUAUAAGGCUGAUCAGUAUGUUGGAGGACAACUUUGGCUCGUUCUAGAGCUGUGUAAUGGUGGAUCUGUCACCGAUCUGGUAAAGAGCAUACUGACGUGUGGACAGAGACUAGACGAAGCCAUCAUUUCCUACAUUCUAUAUGGAGCCUUACUGGGUCUCCAGCACUUGCACAAUAAUAGAAUCAUCCAUCGUGACGUGAAAGGGAACAAUAUACUUCUGACAACAGAAGGAGGAGUCAAGCUGGUUGACUUCGGGGUCUCAGCACAGCUCAAUAGUGCACGUCUUCGCAGAAAUACGUCUGUGGGUACUCCUUUCUGGAUGGCGCCAGAGGUCAUAGCCUGUGAACAGCAGUAUGAUUACUCGUAUGAUGUGCGCUGUGAUGUCUGGUCCCUGGGGAUUACAGCCAUUGAAUUGGCUGAUGGAGACCCGCCUUUGUCUUCCAUGCAUCCAGUCAAAGCUCUGUUCAAGAUUCCCAGGAACCCUCCUCCUACCCUGCUUCAUCCAGAACAAUGGUGCAGAGGAUUCAGCCACUUUAUUGCACAGUGUCUUAUUAAGGACUUUGAAAAAAGGCCAUCAGUCAUCCAUCUACUGGAGCAUCCAUUCAUCAGACAGGCACACGGCAAAGACAUGGCCUUACAGAAACAGCUGGCUAGACUCAUUGCCACCCAACAGCAGUCUGGUUCCAUAGCAAAAACCAGGUAUGAAAGGAUGCACACCAGACGGCCCUAUGUCCCGCAGACAAAGGAAAAUACCUGCCUUGAUGAUGAUUUGGUCAACCUGGAAGUUCUCAACGAGGAAACCAUUGUACAUCAGUUACAGACACGAUUUGCUGACUUGCAGAUUUACACAUAUGUCGGAGAUAUUUUAAUAGCUUUAAAUCCAUUCCAGAAUCUCAGCAUUUAUUCCCCACAGUUCUCCAAGCUGUAUCAUGGAGUCAAACGUGCCUCAAACCCUCCACAUAUAUUCGCAACUGCAGAUGCUGCGUAUCAAGGAAUGGUCUCUUUCAGCAAAGAUCAGUGCAUUAUUAUAAGUGGAGAGAGUGGAGCAGGGAAGACAGAAAGUGCUCAUCUCAUUGUGCAGCAUCUGACCUUCCUUGGAAAGGCAAAUAACCGAACUCUGCGCGAAAAGAUCCUACAAGUUAACCCUUUGGUUGAAGCCUUCGGAAACGCCUGCACUGUGAUCAAUGACAACUCCAGCCGGUUUGGAAAAUAUCUUGAAAUGAUGUUUACACCAACAGGGGCCGUAAUGGGUGCAAAGAUCUCUGAAUACCUGCUGGAAAAAUCCCGGGUUAUUAAACAGGCUGUGGGUGAGAAAAAUUUUCACAUAUUUUACUACAUCUAUGCCGGACUUUAUCACCAUAGAAAGCUCUCCGAAUAUAACCUACCAGAAAAUAAGCCUCCUAGAUAUAUUGACAACGAGGCGGGUUCAGUGAUGCAAGAUAUCAUAUCUAAAGAAUCUUACAGAAGGCAGUUUGCAGCAAUCCAGCAUUGUUUCAGGAUUAUCGGAUUUUCUAAUGAAGAGGUCCAUUCAGUGUACAGGAUUCUGGCUGGAAUACUAAACACAGGAAACAUUGAAUUUACUGCCAUUUCCUCCAAGCACCAGACAGACAAGAGCGAGGUUCCGGAUGGAGAAGCCUUAGAAAAUGCUGCUGUCCUUCUCAGCAUUGGUGCAGAAGAAUUCCAGGAGGCGCUCACCUCACAUUGUGUAGUAACAAGAGGGGAGACCAUCAUACGCACUAAUACAGUAGAUAAAGCUGCUGAUGUCAGGGACGCCAUGUCCAAAGCUUUGUAUGGCAGACUUUUCAGCUGGAUUGUGAACCGAAUCAAUACUCUGCUCCAGCCAGACAAAAAUAUAUGCAAUGCCGAGAGUGGCAUGAACGUGGGCAUCCUAGAUAUUUUUGGAUUUGAAAACUUCAAACGGAACUCAUUUGAGCAGCUUUGCAUUAACAUUGCCAAUGAACAAAUCCAGUUUUAUUUUAAUCAGCAUAUAUUUGCCCUGGAACAGUUGGAAUAUCAGAGUGAAGGAAUAGAUGCUGCCCUGGUGAAGUAUGAAGAUAAUCGUCCCCUCUUGGACAUGUUUCUACAGAAACCGAUGGGUCUGCUUUCCUUGCUUGAUGAGGAGAGCAGAUUUCCCCAAGCGACAGAUCAGACAUUAGUUGAUAAAUUUGAAGACAAUCUGAGAUUGAAAUACUUCUGGAGGCCAAAACGUGUUGAGCUUUGUUUCGGUAUCCAACAUUAUGCUGGGAAGGUACUAUAUGAUGCCUGUGGAUUUCUUGAGAAGAACAGAGACACUCUGCCAGCUGACAUUGUGGUUGUGCUGAGGACAUCAGAAAAUAAGCUUCUUCAGCAGCUCUUCUCAAGCCCACUGACAAAAACAGGUAACUUGGCUCAAUCAAGAGCACGGGUGACAGCAGCUUCGAGAUCCCUACCACCUCAAUUAAAUGCUGGGCGUAUUAAGGUAGACACUAUGGAAAUGAUGAGACAUCCAGAAGAAACAACCAAUAUGAAAAGGCAAACAGUGGCUUCAUAUUUUAGGUACUCCUUAAUGGAUCUUUUGUCAAAAAUGGUGGUUGGACAGCCCCACUUUGUGCGCUGCAUCAAACCGAAUGAUGAUCGAGAAGCGAUGAAGUUCUCAAGGGAUCGAGUGCUUAUGCAACUGCGUUAUACAGGCAUUCUGGAGACUGUUAACAUCCGGAGACAAGGAUAUUCUCACCGCAUUUUAUUUGAAGAGUUUUUAAAAAGGUACUAUUAUCUUGCCUUCAAAGCACAUCAAAAUCCCCCUGCCACAAAAGAGAGUUGUACUGCCAUUCUAGACAAGGCCAGGCUUGACAACUGGGUUCUUGGAAAAAGUAAGGUGUUCUUGAAAUAUUACCAUGUAGAACUAUUAAAUCUCCUUUUGCGAGAAGUCAUCGGACGAGUAGUGGUGAUGCAAGCCUAUACCAAAGGAUGGCUCGGAGCGAGAAGAUACAAGAAAGUUAAAGAGAAAAGGCAGAAGAGUGCCACCUGCAUUCAAGCUGUAUGGAGAGGAUAUGACACUCGGAAAAAAAUCCAGGAAAUAAGAAGCAGAAAAAACAAGGCUGCUACUGUUAUUCAAGCAGCUUUCAAGGGCUAUAUUGCGAGGAAGAAUUACAUUGUCCUGAAGCAUAGCAAUGGCUUACCUCUCGCAGAUGAUAUGUCAGACAAUAAAAGCCCUAGUAAUUACUGUACACAGUGGCAAGAGAACUGCGUCCCAAGCCAUUUCACAGAGCCCAAGCACCGGGACAAGCAGUCAGGGCAGGAUUUGGAUGUGUGUCCAAACAUAAUGGCCAAUAUGAAUGAUUCAGAAGUUGUUGCAAGUAAUCGGUAUUCGAAUUCUCGUGAAUCUUGCAGAAGUACAGGUUCAGAAAUAUUUAUUGAGAAGAAGUUGAGGACCAGAAGACGCUGUCAACAGCCCAAAGCUCUGAACAGUCCCGAGGACAGCUUGUACUACAACCACAUUAAUGGAACUCUAGACUAUCAAGGGAGCAAGAGGAAGCCGAGAAAACUUGGCCAAGUCAAAGUUCUAGACAGAGAAGAUGAAUAUUACAAACUGUUGUCAACUGCUGACUCAAUUCCUGAGGAGGAUCUUUCUGUUUGCUCUCCUUUGGCACAGCAAGAAAUGUUUUUUGCCUCUAGCUAAACCUCUGUUCUCUAAUCCACGCUAUUUUGGAAACGGUAAGAAUAUGUUAU